GAUGACAACCUCCUCGCCACCAUCUGAUCUGCCUUAUGUUCUUCACAGAAAACCUAAAGACAAGGCGGACACCCAACUAAAGGCGGGACAUCCAGGAACCUUUAGUAUUCGUGAUCCUCUACAGAUGGUGUGGGAGCUGGAGGGAGAGUCUUUAAUCGCAGUUCCUUCUGACAACAAUGUCAAACAUGCUACUGUUUUCUCAGUGCCAUGCACAGACCCGGACAUCUCUAGUGAAAAAGGCAGUCCGAUAUACCUGGGAGUCAAGGAAGAUCUCUGUCUGUUCUGUGCAGAAAUUGAGGGCCGGCCUACUUUGCAGCUUAAGAAGGAAAGCUUAAUGAAACUGUACGAGGAGAAGAAGGCGCAGAAGUCCUUUCUCUUUCUGCGUGGCAUAGAGGGCUCCACCUCCACCUUCCAGUCUGUCGCCUGCCCCGGCUGGUUCAUAGCCACUUCCUCGCAGGCCGGACAGCCUGUCACCCUCACCAACGACAGGGGAAGAACUUACAACACCAACUUCUAUUUCAGUUCUUUGUAGCCUGGGCUGUGGGUGGCUGAUUCUGGGACAGAGAACCUGUAGGUCAUGGUAAGAGACCACCGAGCACUGCUGUCCAUCCACAGCCCGCCUCAUGCUCAGCACCCAAAGCCACCUCCUGUAGACAUGCACUGGCACACCACGCCUCCCUCUGGAAUGUCGUUCCACUAUCAAACCCUAGAGUCACUUUUUAUUGUUUCCUGAUCUUGUCCUAUUAUCCACUUUGCUGUGAAGUCUAGUUAAGUCCACAUCCUAAAUGCUCCUUGUAGACAACCAUCUCCUAUUCCUCCAGCCAACCCAUGGCCU